AUGAAUGGAGACAACGCUUUGCAUUUUGCCAUUAAGCAAGAGUCGGAUAUUAUGGUUGAAGAGCGUCUUCGGCUCGAGUUCAACCACGAAUUCAGAAAUCUCGAUAGAGACACCGCAUUGCAUGUUGCAGCAUCCCGAGGCUAUGCCUGGGCUGUCCACCAGCCUCUUCGAUGGGGCGAAAAUUGCAACACAGAGGGCAAGGGGUUUAGGACACCGCUACAUCUUGCAAUGUGGCGAUACAUGGGAUAUUCGUGA